AUGCUUGAUAAAGAUCCUUCUAGCGUCUCAACAACGAAUGCUGAACAGCAAGAGGAGAAAACGCUUGACGAUACGCAAGAAGAGAGUAGCAUUGAUAAUAAUAAUAAAAAAAGAGAAGCGAUAGAAAAAUCUUUGAAGACUACAGCCGAAAGCAUCGCGGCCGAAAGAGAAAAAACCGCAGCAAUACUUACAAGUCGUAACACUGAUACAACAUCAGGCAAUAUCACCACUACUAAAACCAAAGAAAAUCGAUUAUCCAAAGAGUCCGGAAUUGGAUCGAGCGUAAGUAGUCAAUUGGAUGACGACAAAGACGCAGAGGACGAUUCUGAAGAAAUUUCUAGUAAUUAUAACGAAUCAAUUGAUAAAAACAGUCAACAAAUUUCUCCGCGUUCAAGUCAAUUAUUAGAAGGUUUAGAGGAUCAAUAUUAUAAAGUUACACACGAAAGAGAGCAGACUCUGGGAAUAAUCGCAGAGGAGGAAGAAACUAAAUCAACGAAAUCUAUCACCAGUACAACUGGUACUAUAAUUAAUAUUUCUGGUCAAAAUCAACAAUCCUCUUCAUCGUCACAACAGUCACAAUUACCUGCGACAAUAACUUCUCCUCCGCCAGCGCCAUCUUCACAACAGCAACCGCGCAUUGGCAACCUAAAGUCAUUUGAACCUGAUUCUAGAUCGAUAAAAUCAAUUGAUCGUCAUUCAACUGGUCGUCUCUCAACUGGUCGUCUCUCGUUAGAUCGUAUUUCGUUAGAUCGCCUUUCGACUGAAACUGGAAAUAGCAUAAAUAUCAACGAAACAGAUUCCAAUACUUCUGCAGAGCGAAAAUUAAGCAGAUCCAAAUUUUCUUCACUAUCAAUACGAAAUCGCACGAGAACAAUGUUUGUAGCAUCGUCUAACAAUCAUAAUGAUGAAACUUUUGGAAAACAAAGACAAUUGACCAAAGUUGGUAAAGUUCUUGGAAUGACACCAGACGAAGAAAAAAUACUAGUGGGAACACCAUCAUCAACAUCUAUAGGCGGAGUAGGAAUAAGUAGUAAGGCAUCUAAAAUCUUAGGUUUAUCGUCGUCCCCACCAUCAACAGACAUAAUACCUGAUCGAGAAAGGCCACCGACUACUAUUAGUAGUAGUGCAAAAGCGAACAAAGUACUUGGCAUACCUCCUCUUGAGGAUCAUCGACCAUUCUUGGAUAAAUCAAACAAGGCAAAUAGAAUACUGGGAAUCAGCGAAGGAGAUUCGCACAAAAGAGCGGCAUCAUUGCACGUGGAAAGAGUGACCGAUAAAGUAUUAUCAGAAUUCGUGGGACCACGAUCUUCAACCCCAUCAUUCUCUGGCACAAUAACCGUUGCAACUAUUCGAAAUCAUAUAUCACAGAAUGGGUACAUGGCAAGAUACAUGUAUCCAAGUUUCUCAUUCUCAAAGUCCUGGAAGCGAAGAUAUUUUGCACUGGCCAAAGGCACAUUAUAUUGUUUCAAAUCAUCAGACUCGAUCGCGCCGAUGAUUGAUAAUUUCGAGAUAACGGCGAACACGAUUGUCUGCGUUACCGAGAAUUUUAGUAAUAAACCGUGGGUGCUGGAAGUAAGCAAACCCGGUGAGAAGAAAUGGUACUUACAAGCGGACAAUGUCGAAGAUAUGAAAGGGUGGUUAAGUGAACUAAAGUCGACCGUGACAAAAUGUAAAUAUAGUACGCAGAUGUUACCGGAUGUCCCGACAAAUAUUACAAAUACGGCAAUUAAUGCUUCUGUUUCAUCGAAUAUCUUCGAUCAGGAUGAAAAAUCAAUAGUGAGCACGACCUUGAUGAAAUCAUCGACUACUUCGACUAUUAAUAAUAAUCACCCUACACAAUUUCAUAAUCGUCAUCCGUAUACUCAUCAUGGUAGCGCUAGUGUUAGUGGUAUAUCAUCUUCAUCAACAAGAAUGCACAAUAGUACUUCAUCGCCAAUCUUAUCGGCAGUACGUACGCAUUCAAAGCGAUCAGAAUCAUUAAAUAGUUAUAUUGAUGAAUCAAAAUUAUCUUAUACAUUAUCAUCUCUGCCAACUUACCAUCAACCUCCUCGAGUCUCGGCGUCUGCACCUCCGUCACCCACAUACACUCAAUCAUUAUCUCAUAAAGCGUCGCCAUCUGAUGAUGAGAAUCAUCAUCCACCACAAUCUCCUAGUGUCAAAAUGAUCGGAUUAUCGGAAUUGGGGGUUCCUUCGCGUCCUUCUUCACCCAUCGAAAUGCAAAGAAUAAAGAAUCAACAUCAAAAACGGUCAAUGUCGCAAUCAGAAAAUGUGACAUCACCGAUUCCGAUAAAACAAAAAGUUACAAAACAUCGACCUACUUUGUCUGGGAUAUCGGCAACUGGCAGACCGAGAUCAAGUUCUCUAAAUUCGAUAAAUUCUGUUGCUACUGCAUUAUCACCACAGCAUCAAUCUCCACCAUCGCCAACAAAGAAGAUUAUUUUACCGCCCCCUUAUCCGAAACCUGAUAAAAGAACAGUUAUGUCAUCUUCAAAUAAUAACGAUGCAGGCAUGUCAUCAUCGUGGUCACAAAGAUCUCCGGGAUUCCCGAUGCCACCUCCGAGAACAGUACCACCAGAAUUUCAUGUGGAAAAUAGGCGUCGUCCACCUCCGCCUAAUAUUCCACUUCAUCAAAGAAGACCAACUUCACCAAUGUCUGCUCCAACAUCUCCAGUG